GACGACCAUGGACGCCGGGGAGGACCGACUCGUCUCCGUUUUACCCAUACACUAUAGUAAUGCUCUCACACCUAACCUCCAGCUGCAUCAGUUCCCACUUCAAACGCGUCCACUUCAAGCCCCACCAUCAGCUGCUGCUAGUGGAAAGCGCAUACGGGCUCGCAUAAAGCCGAACGUGAAGCGACUCGAAGUCCAUGUCCCUAUUGAUACUAGGCCAGAAGUAUGGAAUGCGGAAAGGUCAGAAGAUCUCGGCGCAGCGCGCGUACAGGACGAUAAAGAGAAGAACCAGCAGCUCUCCAAGCUUAAACAGAAGGAAGGGGAAGAGCCGAAGCUGACCGAGGUGCGGCUCCGUAGUGAGCCUAUUCCACAAGUCGGAGCGUAUGUGCUAGGUGUUGUCAGAGAUGGCAAGCUGCACCUGCACCCAAUAAACGAGAUCCACCAGCUGCGCCCGGCGCUGACCUACAUGGAUAUCCUCACCCGCAAGACAAGACGUCGCGCAGGGGCCAGCUCUGAUGAAGAAUCGGAUGAAGGACCGCCUCCUGACCCCGAUGAACCUGCCCCAGCUCCCGCACCGAAGAAGGAGAAGAAGGCUGUUGACGCAAAGGAGGUCCAGGUUGCCAUUAAACGGAACGAAGACAAAACAAUGCAGCUUGGCGGGGGUCUAACCGCCAUGCGGAGAGAAAUGCUAAUAACUUUACGCGCGGAAGAGGACGAGAGGUGGGAAGAUAUUCAAUACUAUGACGGCGAGGCUCCAGAAUGCAAUGAGGCAUUUGAAACCAUGUUUUCGCAUAACGAAGAAGAGUUGGAAUGCAAGACCGACAUCACUAGUGUACUCAGGAUUAUCAAGGGGCUUUGAUAACGAUAACUUGCGACUCCCCACUAUUCACACCACUAAGUACUAAGCCGCUGUUGAGAUGUCUUCCUGCCUUUAUACCUGAGACUCAGAUACCGUUUGUGUGUCUUCGUCGAUAUAGACUUUCGACGACUUAUGGACAGCAUGUCCGAGCUUCAAGCCUCGU